AACAAGUAUCUCUCUCAAACCGCUCCUCUUCCUGGAAUGAAUCGUAGUUCGAUCAGCCCUCCCUCUUCUUCCUGCUCUCAAACACAGCCUGCUGCACUCUGUCCUCAUACUUCAUGGUUCCCUCCCCUUUAGAUCUACAGUUUGAGGAUGGGUGUAACCAACAACACCUGCACAGACACAUGCACAGACACAUGCUUUGUAGAUCAGAGGUGAAACUUGUUUUCAGUUAUGAGGAAGUGAAUCUCAGACAGUCGUUGUUACCGAGAGGAGAAAUGGCGCAGAAAGGAGUUCAGCUGGACCGGGAAACCGUCUCUUGUUCGAUCUGUCUGGAUCUCCUGAAGGAUCCGGGGACUCUUACCUGUGGACACAGUUACUGUAAGAAAUGUAUUAAUAGCCACUGGGAUAAAGAGGAUGAGAAGACAGUCUACAGCUGCCCUCAGUGUAGACAGACCUUCACAGUGAGGCCUGACCUGAGGAAAAACACCAUGUUGGCAGAUUUAGUGGAGGAGCUGAAGAAGUCUGGACUCAAAGCUGCUCCUGCUGAUCACUGCUAUGCUGGAUCUGAAGAUGUGGCCUGUGAUGUCUGCACCGGGAGGAAACUGAAAGCCUGUAAGUCCUGUCUGCAGUGUCUGGCUUCUUACUGUGAGAAACACCUCCAGCCUCAUUUUGAAGCACCUCCAUUUAAGAAACACAAGCUGGCAGAGCCCUCCAAGAAGCUCCAGGAGAACGUCUGCUCUCGUCAUGAUGAGGUGAUGAAGAUAUUCUGUCGUACUGAUCAGCAGUCUAUCUGUUAUCUCUGUUUAAUGGAUGAACACAAAGGUCAUGACACAGUCUCAGCUGCAGCAGAAAGGAGCGAGAAGCAGAGAGAGCUGGAGGUGAGUCAACAAAACAUCCAGCAGAGAAUCCAGGACAGAGAGAAAGAUGUGAAGCUGCUCCAACAGGAGGUGGAGGCUAUCAAUGGCUCCGCUGAUAAAACAGUGGGGAACAGUGAGAAGAUGUUCACUGAGCUGAUCCGUCUCAUGGAGAAAAGACGCUCUGAUGUGAAGCAGCAGGUCAGAUCCCAGCAGCAAACUGAAGUGAGUCGAGUCAGAGAGCUUCAGGAGAAGCUGGAGCAGGAGAUCACUGAGCUGAAGAGGAGAGACGCUGAGAUGAAGAAGCUGUCACACACACAGGACCACAACCAGUUUCUACACGACUACCCCUCACUGUCACCACUCAGUGAAUCUACACACUCAUCCAGCAUCAAGAUCCGUCCUCUGAGGUUCUUUGAGUACGUGACAGCAGCUGUGUCAGAAGUCAGAGAUAAACUACAGGACGUCCUGAGAGAGAAAUGGACAAACAUCUCACAGACAGUGACUGAAGUGGAUGUUUUACUGCCAGAACCAGAACCAGAGCCCAAGACCAGAGCUGAGUUCUUAAAAUAUUCAUGUGACAUCACACUGGAUCCAAACACAGCACACAGACAGCUGUUAUUAUCUGAUGGGAACAGAAAAGUAACACGCACGAGUCAGACCAAUCCUUAUUCUAGUCACCCAGACAGAUUCACUGGUUUGUUACAGGUCCUGAGUAAAGAGAGUCUGAGUGGACGUUGUUACUGGGAAGUGAAGAGGAGAGGAAGAGGAGUUUCUGUAGCAGUCACAUACAAGAAUAUCAGCAGAGCAGGGCGUUCGAAUGAGUGUAGAUUUGGAUUUAAUGACAAAUCUUGGAUGUUAUAUUGUAACAACAACAGUUAUAACUUUUGGUACAACAGUGUCAGCACUCCUGUCUCAGGUCCUCAGUCCUCCAGAGUAGGAGUGUACCUGGAUCACAGAGCAGGUAUUCUGUCCUUCUACAGCAUCUCUGAAACCAUGACUCUCCUCCACAGAGUCCAGACCACAUUCACUCAGCCUCUACAUGCUGGACUCGAGAUUUACAGCUCUGUUUGUGUUGGAGCCUCUGCUGAGUUGUGUAAACUGAAAUAGACAGAAGUCAUUAACGAGACAAAUGUUUAACUUGCUGUGUUUUAAAUCUUCAACUUGAUUUUUAUCCACGCUCGUUGCUGAGAUCUGAUCGUGGUCACCUGUCAAUCAAACUUUAUGGGCGGUACUUUGACCUCUUCUCGUCUGUUCUGUAAAUGUUUGAGUGUCUUUAAGUGACACUCCUUCCUGUGUCUGUUUAGCCGUGGACUCUUUCACUGCUCAGGAUGACUUUUGUUCACCUGAACUGACAUUUCUCUGAGUGAUAAAUAUCAACUUCUCUCCACUCUCCAUGUUUGAUUAUUUGUUUUCAUACAUUUAUAUUUUCUGUUGUUUCUGUUCUGAUUCAGGAGUCUGAAGAGAGAGAGAGAGAGCAGCAAACUUUUCUUUCAUGUUGAUUUUCUCUUCUCACCACUUUGUACAUUUGUAGAAUAUCUAUAAAAUCAGACUUAAAGAAAUGAGUUAGUCAGAAUAAAUGUUGUUGUUCAUAUUCAAAGUGAUGUAAAAAUGUCCUCUGAGGUGUUUUAAAAAUGUAAUCCUCCUGAUUAAAUCAAUAAGGAGAUAAAUCAUUGUUUUCUGAGUGGAGAUUCUGAUCAAACAAAGUGAUUGUGUGGAUGAAGUGAAUGUGUUCAUGAAAUGAUUGAACACACUUUACUGAUUUGAUGUGUGAAGAAACUGAAGUUUGACAUCCUGAAUAAACUCACAUGAACUAAA